CACAAGUAGGCCUAUGAAGUUGGCAUUUCUGAAAUUCUGAACGUUGACACAGAAAGCGAAGUCGAAUGUAUUUGAGGAUUUUUAUUUGAAUUUGCUAUUUUUUAAUAAACAAGCCGACUAUUGGUAUUUAUUUAUUAUAGCAGCAGUAAUUUUCUCACGUUUUUUAGAAACAUAACCAAACUUUUAAAAUACGAUUAGAAAAUGUCGGCUUCUCAAGUCUUUAAUAGAAUUGGACAAUUUGGUUUAGGAAUUGCUUUAGUUGGAGGAGUUGUAAAUUCUGCCCUUUAUAAUGUUGAUGGAGGUCACCGAGCAGUUAUAUUUGAUAGAUUUGCGGGUAUUAAGAAGCAGGUAAUUGGUGAAGGUACACAUUUUUUUAUUCCAUGGGUGCAAAGGCCAAUUAUAUUUGAUGUUAGAUCAAGGCCUAGAAAUGUCCCUGUUAUUACAGGAAGUAAAGAUCUGCAGAACGUUAACAUUACUUUACGUAUUUUGUUCAGACCAGUUGCUGAUGAAUUACCUAAAAUAUAUACUGUUCUUGGUCAAGAUUAUGAAGAGCGUGUCCUUCCUUCUAUUACAACAGAAGUUUUGAAAGCAGUCGUAGCACAAUUUGAUGCUGGAGAGUUGAUUACACAACGUGAUCUUGUAUCGCAAAAAGUUAAUGAUGAUUUAACAGAAAGAGCAUCACAAUUUGGUGUAAUUCUGGAUGACAUCUCAAUCACACAUUUAACUUUUGGAAGAGAAUUUACUCAAGCGGUUGAAUUAAAACAAGUUGCUCAGCAGGAAGCUGAAAAGGCUAGAUUUUUAGUAGAAAAGGCCGAACAAACCAAAAAAGCAACAGUUAUAUCAGCAGAAGGAGAUGCUCAAGCUGCUACAUUGUUGGCCAAGGCCUUUGGAAAUGCUGGAGAAGGUCUAGUUGAACUAAGAAGGAUAGAAGCUGCAGAGGAUAUUGCUUAUCAAUUGUCAAGGUCAAGACAGGUUUCAUAUUUACCAGGAGGCCAAAACUUACUACUGAAUGUUCCUACUCCAGGCAACUAAAAACACUUCAGGUUGUAGUUUUUAUUUGUCCUAUAUAGACUGUCUCCAUCACAGUCUUAAUUUAAUUACAAAUCAUAUGAUAUUUUUUGAUUUGAUAUAUACGGGAGUAAUCCUUGAAGAUAGACUUAUAUGUAUAGUUUCAAUCUAUUACUGUAAAUUCGAAAUAACACUAGAUGUAACAAGUGUACUGUUAUUAUUUUACUGUUACAUUUACAUUUGUUAUAAGUCUUAUAACUGUAUAGAAUAGUUUAAUACAUUUUUUGAUUCAA